AUGAGCGACGCCUUGGUUGCUGAAGCUAUCGCUGGUGAGUUGACCUCUACAGGUCUUGCUAGCGCAGAAGUCAAGAAUGGGGGUCAAGAAGCUGUUGAUGUAGAUGCAGCGCCUAAGCCCAAGCCGCGGUGGUACGUGAACAAGCUGGCUGCCAAGAGAAAGCUUCGAGAGCAGAAGGCAGCAACCGAGGGGCGUGAGCUUCGUGCCUAUAUCAAGGCCUCGAAAGGUGAGACUUGCUCACAUGUUACAGCCCAAGCCGAUCGAGUGAUAGCAGAAAUCCAGAAGACUGUGAGGGAUGAGAUUUCCCAGUGCUCCGUGAAGCGUUCUAAGCCUGCUGAGAAGCCCACAGAGAAGGUUGCUCAGGCCCAGGACGCUGAGAAGAAGCGUUCUAGGCCUGUUAAGGUCGAGGACCCUGAGAAGAAGCGCAAGGCUGAAGAAGACAAAGCAGCCAAAAAGGCUCUUGCUGAGGAGAAGAAGGCCAAGGCUGAACAGCGCAAGCUGGCUAUCGCGGACCUGAAGGAGAAGAAAGCCGCCUUAGAGGCUGAAAUCAAGGCUCUGGCGGCCACGAAGAAGCCGAAAAAGUCCAUCGACGACAAGCAGGUCCCGCCAACCUCUUGUGAGAAGAACCCGGAGUCUAG